AUGUCGGACAAGCUCAACGAAGUUGGCGGUCCGAGGAUCAGCCAGGAUGAGAACCCCAAGAGCGAACAGCAAGCGUUCGACCCGAUACUCGAGAAAAGGGUCAUUCGAAAGGUUGACCGAAACCUUGUCCCGAUCCUCUUCUUACUCUUUCUUUGCGCAUUCAUAGAUAGAAUCAACAUCGGAAAUGCUCGAAUCCAGGGCUUAGAAGCCGACCUCAACAUGUCGGGUGAAGAUUACAACAUCGCGCUAUUCACCUUCUUCAUCCUCUACAUCCUCCUCGAAGUACCGUGCAAUAUCCUACUAAAGAACAUGCGACCGUCGCUGUUUCUAUCGGCCAUCAUGACAGGUUGGGGGAUCGUCACGAUCUGCCAAGGUCUCACACAAUCAUUCGCUGGACUCAUUGUAUGCCGCGUUAUAAUUGGUGGUCUCGAGGCUGGCUUCUUUCCGGCGUGCGUGUAUCUCCUCAGCAUGUACUACUGCCGACACGAGUUACAGUGGCGCUUCAACCUCUUCUUCUCAGCCAGUAUCGUCGCUGGAGCAUUCAGUGGUCUGUUGGCUUAUGCUAUCGCUCACAUGGACGGGAUUGCUGGGUAUGGUGGUUGGAGAUGGAUCUUCAUCAUCGAAGGUGCCGCUACCGUUGUUAUCGCAAUCUGGAGCUACUGGAUGAUUCCAGAUUGGCCCGAGACUGCUAAGUUCCUCAACGAUGAAGAACGAGCGCUGCUUGUCGACCGUCUUGCGGCGGAUAAAAAGGACACUCACAUGAAUACGUGGGACAAGAGAACAGCGAAGAGAAUUUUCUCAGACAUAAAGAUUUAUCUCGGUAUCUUGAUGUACAUGGGUAUCGUCACUACCAGUUACUCAGGCUCCUUCUUCACCCCAACUAUCCUCAAACAGCUGGGCUGGACGUCUAUCCGGGCUCAAAUCAUGUCGAUCCCCAUUUUUAUAUUCGCAACCGUGUGUGCACUUGUUGCCGCUAUCGCGAGCGACAAGACAAAGCAUCGUUCAGGCUUUAUCCUUGGAGGCUGCCUUUUCACGACGGUUGGAUAUGUCAUUCUGCUCAACAUGAUGUCUGUCAGUGUCGGGAUACGCUACAUGGCCCUCUUCUUUAUCGUCGCCGGUGGGUAUAUCGCGCAGCCAAUUGUCUUGGUCUGGGUGAGCAACAACAUGGCAGGCCAUUACAAGUUGGGUGUAGCUUCUGCAAUGCAGGUUGGUUUCGGCAAUAUUGGUGGAAUCAUUGCUAGCAAUAUCUUCGUCACAACUCAAGCGCCCACAUACCCUCUGGGAUUCGGCUUAGUUCACCCCACUUCACCCUUCUUCUCCAUUUUUGUUAUUGCCGAGUUUGCUGCCAUGGAUCCUUUAUCCGUCUCGGCGUCCGUUGUAGGGCUUUUAGGCGCCGGAGCCCAGAUCACAUCAUGUCUUUGGACGUUCGCGGCCAACGCUAGGGAUGCCCCACAACUUGCACGCCAUCUCGUGGUUGAGGUAGCCGACAUCACUGCGGCACUUGGGUCGCUUCAGGUCUACGUGUGCGGACAGGCUCAAGCCCCAGGUGGCCGAGGGGCAUUGAUUCUGUUGGAACAUGUUCUUACUACACUGACAGGUUGCGUUACUACGUUCUCGGAUCUCCAGAGCCUUAUGGACCAGCUGAAUCUGAGCCCUGACAUGGGGACUAUUGAUAAGAUGAAAUGGGCUCGACAAGAGUCCAAUAUCACUGCUAUUGUCCAGCGCCUCCAAAAUCACAAGUCUUCGCUGACGUUGAUGUUGACCGUUUUGCAGUGGUGA